AUGCCAUCGUUUCGAAGCUCUCGACGGGUUACCGGCCUAAAAGACAGUGAUUACGACCACGAAAUUAACCUCGUCAACCACGACGAACGCGUUGCAUCGCCGAGCAUUGAGACCAUUGGUGGAGCUACCCGUGUCUCGACAGGAUCACAACUGCUUCGGGACGAAAACGAAGAGGGUGACCAUGAUGCCAACACAAAUACGAACGGCGAAACAGGCCACAACGCUGGCGUCGCCGACUCCCCUAGGCAAUCGAUAGAUCAAGAACGGAACCAGCACCCCAAACCCGCAAAGCGGCAAAAGGCGUCAGCGCUCGAGCUUCAAGUUACAACGGCUACUACGGCGCCUUCAAUCGAAAUCGAAGGACCUACGCCGCAUGAGGCUUCAGUGCCCGCACGAAGUGGCACUCAAAGAACAAGACCGACCACGGCGGAACGGGAAACGGCCGUUGAUGUGCUGUGGGAGAACGAGAGAGGUUGUAUAGCUUGCGGUGUCGCCCUCUUUUCUGGGAAGGCUCUGGGUAGCCUCGACCCCUCGCCAUGGCAGAACCAGUUUCACAAGACGAGUCCCACAACGACGAAGACAGCCCAAGUCCCCGAUCCAUCCUGGGAAUGGGCAUGGCCUGAGUGGAGAGUACAUCGUCCAGAAGGUGUGGCCAUGGAUCAGUUUGGGUGGCAAUACUCCUUCAUGUUCUCCAAGAAGUUCUCGUGGCAUGGGCCAAAGUGGUGGAAUUCCUUUGUUCGCAAAAGGUGCUGGGUUCGCAAGCGAAUCAAGAAGAAGCCCGAGGAUAUUUCAGACGACCCGCAUAUGCUGAACUCAGACUAUUUCACCGUCAUGCCUGCUAAUCAUAGCCGCUCUUCUAGUAUUGCUGGCAGCCGGCGAGGGAGCAUCAGCAAGACGAGCGUACAGACGAGCAUGGCGGAGGAGGAAAAGCCCGAUAUUGAAGACGUCCGGACGUUGAUGGCGGUCUUGCGAGCUUCCCGAAUUGACCGCGAGAAGAUCGAGGCCGUCGAAAACUACCUAUCCCAUGCCAGAGACAACCUCGAGCACUUGCAGGACGAGAUGCACGACAUCAUGGGCAUCUUUGUGUUUCAGGCCUCGAGGAGGCUUCUGCUGAGUCGCUUGACGCAGAUUUAUGACGACGCAGUCGCCACAGAUGAGCAGCAGGGGGGUAUGGACAAGGCAAAAGAGAGAAAGGAACACCUUGCCGCUGCGAUUAAGCAUGCUGACGAGGAGGUAAAAAGAUUGUCAUAUUGGAGCGAUGUUAAGGGUCUGGCAGAGAACGGCGAGGCUAAGCACGCUGUCGCAGAAGACGAAGGAUGGAACGAGGGCUGGCAGGGUGUGGACCAGAGUGGCCCAGCCCACGCCAACUUUGGCGCCCUACCUGGGUCGCCCAAAAAGUAA